AUGGAUCGAGCGAAGACGAAGAGACCCUCACUGGGAUGCGAUGCCGCCUCACCUUCGGCUCCGCCGCAGUUUGGGUCCGCGAAGGGGUUGGAGACGCUCGCUCGAAGGGGUUUUAAAUGCUCACGGUGGCGGAGCUGCAAGAAAGAGAAGGAAAGGAAACAAAACCCUAACUUGGACGGUCCAGAUCACUUGAUGGAUGAUCCAACAAAUGAUGUCGCACGUGAGAAUAGGGUGUAUGACAUGGAGUUCUCCUGGCCGUCUGAUCAUUGUUUGGGGGCCUUAAUCAUAAUUAAGGUUUUUUCGGUAUUUUGUGAAGAUAAUCUUGUAAUACUUAGUCAAUUAGCCCGUCAACUAUAUCAACGGCUGAGAUAUGAUUCAUUGAGGCUGGACGGUUCUGAUGGCCUUAUUGUUGGCGACAUCAAUCCGACAUGUUGCCGGUCGGCUCCUCCGCGUUUCACACCCUUCGUGGCAACACGAGUACGGCGACAUAGCCCGACACUUCUGCCUCCAUCCUUCACCCCACAUCUUGAUCUUUUGGGGAGGAGGAGAACUUGCACGAGUGUGUGGGCGGCAGGAGUGAUCGUGAUGAGGGGGAAUGAGGCGUUGCGGGCGCACCUCGGGAUGGCGCUGGUGCAGGCGACCAACGGCGGCUUCCACGUGCUGACCAAGUCCGUGCUCAAUGUCGGCAUGAACGAGGUGGCCUUCUGCGUCUAUCGCGACUUCGUCGCCAUCUCCAUCCUCGCCCUCCUCCAACGAUGCAGGUUCCAAUGCUGAUCAAGUAUCCUUCCUGCUUGUCUUUGACAACAUACUUGCAUUUUUUUGGGGAUGGUAUUGACUGGAAUAUUUACCACUGGUUGU